AUGGUCCCCAGUGAUCAUUCGCAUCUCGAAUAUGAAACAUCUAUAGGUGAUGUUUUAGAGUCAUAUUUUGAAGAUGUAGAUCAUUAUUUAUUAUCGCCAUUUUCUGAAUCCAAUAGUGCAUCCGCUACAACUACUCCAUGUGGAGUGAUAAUGGUUGGAGAGGUUCCUGGACUGCCAACCACUUCAUCGUUUGAUUCCAUAUCCCUUGACUGGGAGGAGGAGGAGGAGGAGGAAGGAUCCGAGUCAAUAGACAACUCGGUUUAUGAAUCAACCACUAUACGAGAUGUUAGUUUUGAGUUCUUUAAACGAGGGGAACCGGGAUUAAUUGAAUGUUGUCAAAACAGAGGUUCGACCACUACCCCCACUCAACUCCCACCACUUUCAAGAGUACCUGCAUUUCCCUUACCACCCACACCUCAACGCACUCCUGUAUUGUAUUUUGACCCCUUUGAUCAUUCUCAAUCAGAUACACAAGAGUUUAACUUUAAUAUGAUCCAACAAUGUUAA